CGUGUACACACCCAUACUGUAAUUCAAUCUUCUCUUCACUGGCUUUGUAUUUGUGCUCUAUUUGUCGCUCCUUUCAGAAAUGACCCCACAUAUUCGAUGAAUGUGCGCGACCCCUUCAACCUCCGUCGCUCUUCCGCGUUCAAUAUCCUACGAGGGACUGCGACCCAAGCGGCUGCGAACGUCACUCAGAGGGUCAAGGAGGCAGGGGCUCAGGCAUACGAGACUGGAAAGCAGGCAGUCGAAGAUAUGUCGACCUUUUCGGUACCCAGGAACGUACCGUCCUUCACGAACCCUCAGCGCGAAUUGGAGAAUCGGGUGUGGGGAGCUUCAGGAGUUACAGCCAGAUCGGCCACACAUUCGAACGGGGUCAUAAGUGGCAUGCAAGAUCGAAUGGGAGGCUUCUUUGACAAGAGCAGAGGAGAUCUCCCGAUGUAUAAGGACAAACCAUACACAUAUGCCUCAUCACGACGGCAAAGAGGUAUCUGGAGGCGGAAACGGACUUUGGGCGUAGCUGGGGUGUUCCUGUUCGCUGUACUAUACUUCCUGGGAUUCUUUGGCAGUCACACCAAGAAUGUGGAAAAGGUUAAGGAGAAAUGGACUUGGUUGCAGGGGCCGGAGAAAGCAGGGUCCCGAGUGGACUGGUUGGAUCGUAGGGAACGAGUGAAGGAAGCUUUUACUUUGAGCUGGGAUGCGUAUGACCGUUAUGCAUGGGGAUUUGAUGAAUUUCAUCCAAUCUCAAAACGUGGACGGCAAAUGGCUCCUAAAGGCAUGGGUUGGAUCAUUGUCGACGCUUUGGAUACCAUGAUGCUCAUGAAUCUGACAUCCCGAUUGACGCAUGCAAGAGAAUGGCUGUCAACGAAGUUAGAUUACGAGCAAGAUCAGGAGGUUAACACCUUUGAGACCACAAUUAGAAUGCUUGGAGGUCUUCUAUCGGCACAUUACUUGUCAACAACGUUUCCAAACAUGGCUCCGUUGAGGGAUGACGACGAAGGCGCUGCGGGGGAAGAUUUAUAUCUGGAAAAGGCCAAAGAUUUAGCUGACCGUAUUAUGGGAGCAUUUGAGUCUCCAUCGGGGAUACCGUUUGCAAGCUUUAAUUUGAAGACUUUGCAAGGGAUUCCCUCGCACGACGAUGGUGGAGCAUCUUCAACAGCUGAGGCUGCGACUUUGCAACUGGAAUUGAAGUAUCUGACAAAACUCACGGGUGAGACGUUCUACUGGGAAAAGGCAGAGAAAGUUAUUCAGAUCCUUGACGACAACGGGAUGGAGGAUGGACUAUUGCCAAUCUACAUCUACGCGUAUGAUGGCCAUUUCCGGGGAAACAACAUUCGACUUGGAAGCAGAGGAGAUUCGUACUACGAAUACCUAAUCAAACAAUACCUACAAACGUCGAAAGAGGAGCCAAUCUAUGAGGAACUCUGGAAUGAGGCUCUGGCAGGUGUACGGAAGCACCUGGUCACCUACACUAAAAAUACUCAGCUCACCAUCAUCGGUGAACGCCAAAACGGUUUACAGAGUCCCCUCUCUCCCAAGAUGGAUCAUCUUGUGUGCUUCAUGGGAGGCACCAUUGCAUUGGGCGCAACUGGUGGGCUCACUGAAACUGCAGCCAAGAAACUUCCUACUUGGACUAAGAAGAAAGAUGAAGAAAUGCGACUUGCCCGGGAACUAACACGGACCUGCUGGGGAAUGUACAAGGUAAUGGCUACAGGUCUUGCACCAGAAAUCGCACAUUUCCAGAUCGAUGAUCCACCACUUCCAGAGUCCGCACCACAUACGGGACCUAAAACAUUCGAUGACGCCGGCGACGGCGAAUGGAGAUCAGAUUACGUGCUCAAGUCUAUGGACAACCACAAUCUCCAGCGGCCGGAGACGGUGGAGAGUUUGUUCUACAUGUGGAGGAUUACCGGCGAUGUGAUGUACCGGGAAUGGGGAUGGGAGAUGUUCAAGUCCUUCAUGAAAUACUCCGCUGUGGAAGAAGGUGGUGGUUUCACAAGUUUGUCCGAUGCCAAUGUCAUUCCCCCGGUAGUGAGGGAUAACAUGGAGAGUUUCUGGCUUGCCGAGACUCUUAAAUACUUCUACCUCCUCUUCUCACCUAACGACCUCCUCCCACUAGAUGAAGUCGUCAUCAACACAGAAGCGCACCCGUUCCCGCGCUUCAAGCUAGGCCCGCUAUUCAAGACUGGCUGGAAGAGGAAGCCACGUGGUCCAGACGGGAAGAUAAUUCAUGAGCCAGCUCACGUCGAGGGCGAGAUGCAUCCGGUGGCAACGAAAACUAUUGGGCAGAUGCUGCCAAGUCCGUGA